AUGCAGGACGAUUCUACAUUAGUUUCUUCUACUAAGGGUCAUUGUCCCAAUCACUUUCACAUAAUAACCUGUGAUGAUAUUGAAUUUCACCAUGUAAUUUACUCAAUUUCAAUCGUUCUUGGAGUUAUAUUGGCUAUUACCGCGGGCGGACUGUGGUUAAAAAGACGAAUUUAUAUCGAAUCAUCACAGAGAGUCGCGUUUCUCGACGGGUAUUUAUUAUGGCAAACAUUGCAUGCAUCAAUUCGAAUCAUCAGUGACAUAAUAAUACUUAGCAAUCUCAUCGGGGAGGAAUUUAUGGUUUUAGAGCUCGUCUAUGACAUACCAUUUUACUGCGAUCAAGUUUCGGUGAUAUUAUUUAUUCUCGGAAUUUUACUCGCCAUUCCUUACGCACGAACAACUCCUAACUCUCAAGGGUCAUUGCGGAAUAUCAUACCAUCUCAUAAAAGCAUAAUAUGGUUCUUUCGUAUAUUCUCUUUCAUAAUUUUUCCAUCACUUGCCAUCCUUGCUUUGCUCACAGGAUAUUUUCAUUCAAUGCGGAAUGCAAAACCUGACGAGAGUGUACGUUUUAAAGAUCUCGAAACACUUAUGAUUCGUGCACAUUACAUAGUCUAUGCUAUCAGUUGCGUUUUGUUAGCGAUUUGUUUUGCAUACUUUGGUAGAAAAGUGAAAGGUUUCGCAGAAGGUAGCAUUGGAUUAUUAAUGAGUAGUGAGUUGGAUUCAAGAUAUCAUCGCCUUAGAUUAAUGAGAAGGUCCAUCACAAGGAUGAAUAUUGUAAAUGGUUUUUUAUGCGCAAAGUAUUUGCUAUUUGCUAUCGCCGCAACGACCGCUGCAUUUCAACUUGUGGUAAUAUUUUCCAAUACAUGGAUUGUUCAAAUUGGUACUAUUUUGGUCACGACAUUCCCUCUUGUUUCAAUGAUUUUAUGUACAUUGUUAAUUCUAUAUGGAGAUACAAAUCCCGAAAAGGCGUUUGAUACGGAUUUUUUACAGAUGUCGCAUUCGCAUAAUUUUUUAACAUGGAGUUAUACAGUAGAAUCGUCUAAUCAACAGUCUGAAUUGAACCUUUUACCACCUCCACCCUCAUACAAAGAUGAUGUUACAAAUCAACAAUAUGUUAAAGAAAUUGAACGAAAACAACCACCCAACAUAAACUGUUGUACUGAUGCUUCAAAUUCCAAAAACAUUCGUACAUCAUACAUUCGAAAUUCAUCUACAACAUUACCAAACAUCAUAAUAUCCUCACCGCCAGAAAUAUCAAUUGCAGAAAAAAGACCUAGUCGUGUUGUUGGAAAAUCCAAGUUUAUAGCUGCUUGGAUAUUGGAUCAGCACGAAAGAACUUCCACAAAUGAAAUGUCAUCAUCAACAGAAGACAACAACAAAGGAUGUAUUCGAUAUUGA